AUGUCGAAUCGACAAGUGGUACGAUCAUGUUCAGCCUUGGCCCGGUGAACACAGAUCUCACCCGUUUCGUACCCUCCACUGAAACAUGCGCUACACCUACCUUUGUCUCAGGCGGCCGUCUACCGAUCCAUCAUCGAUGAUGUCGUCGAGAAAGCGACGGUCGACUUCGACGAAGCCGGCGUGCAGAUCGAGGUGCUGCACGAGCUGCAGCGCAGUUGGGAGGCCAAGGUUGCUUCGUCGAGGGUAGCCGACUUUACCCAGGACUCGAGGAUGGCUGCGAUCGCACAAGCGUUCCCCAUGUUGCCGAGCGAGUCCUCAACGCGCGCGGCGGAGCCUCCGUCGGCGUCAGCUCCGGGCCCCGUGGUUUCGACAUCGGCUGCAGCCGCUGCGGGGGUCAAGGGAGAGGAGGACAGCGACGAAAAGGAAGAGGAUCGCUCAACAGCGGUAGCGGGUAAUGGCACUUGUUCGCCCGCGGUGACGCCAGCAAAACCGAAACCCGACGCCGACGACGAUGCGAUCAACUCGGACCUUGAUGACUCGGACGAGGACGGCGACGACGAUGAUGACGGCGCCGGCGCCGGGCAAGAGGGUGAUCUUGUCAUUGCGCUGUAUGAAAAGGUUCGAUAUCGACGCUCCCCUGUUGUGCUGUGCCGGACUGUGCUGUACUGUGCUUGGAGCUGCGGGUUUGGGUUGACGAGCAAAUCAUGCCUCGGCCAUAUCACCAGGUGCAACGGGUCAAGAACAAGUGGAAGGUCACGCUCAAAGACGGCCUGGUCUCGGUCAACGGCAAGGACUACCUUUUUGCCAAAUGCAACGGGUAA